UCUCUCUCUCUCUCUCUCUCUCUCUCUCUCUCUCUCUCUAAAAUGAUCCACAAACAACCGUUCCCAUAAAACCACCUUUUAUAUAUUCUUAUUACAAAAACCACUACUUACAUUUUACAUCCAUUCCCACUUCACUCCGACCAGACUAGUCCCAUCCUCUCUCUCUCUCUCUCUCUCUCUCUCUCUCUCAUAAAAAGUUCUUUCUUUUCUCAUCUUUUGUCUUUGUGUUCGUUCUCUGUACAUUUUUUAUUUCUUUAAUCACAAAUUAUAUUUUGUUUCUCUUUUUCUGUUUUCACACCUUAGCCUUUCUCUCUCAAGAAAUACUACCUGAUCAGGAUAUAUAUUACAAUUUAAGCUUUGAAAUAUUAUGUCAAUGGAUUUGAUGGCAUCUGAACGUGUUUGUUAUGUUCACUGCAACUUCUGCAACACCAUUUUAGCGUGCAGGUGAGUGUUCCAUGCAACAGUUUACUGAAUAUGGUGACGGUGAGAUGUGGGCAUUGUGCCAAUCUGCUCUCUGUUAAUACCGGAGGUUCCCUUCAUUCGACUACCAUUCCUCCUCAAAAUCCUCAGUUACCGAAACAACACCUGAGCUCCGAGGAUUCAAAUAAAAACCGCGGAUCGUCGUCCUCGUCGUCAUCAUCAUCCAAAUCCAACAAGUUUGGUCAUGCAUUUGAGUCUCUAGAGCUUCAUGAACAACCUAGAGUCUCUCCCAUACCCCCACCAGAGAAAAGACAGCGGGUUCCCUCAGCAUAUAACAGGUUUAUCAAGGAGGAGAUCCAAAGGAUUAAAGCUAGUAACCCUGACAUUAGUCAUAGGGAAGCUUUUAGCAAGGCAGCUAAAAAUUGGGCACACUUUCCCCACAUUCACUUUGGAUUAAAGCUGGAUGCCGACAAGCAACCAAAGCUAGACCAGACUUUUGCAGGAAAGGGAACUUAAAAGUCUGAUGGCUUGUACUAAAACAAACUGGUAUACAAAAAAUACCCCCUCCCGUGAGAAGUACCUGCAGGCUUCUCUCCCUCUAUGUGUAUGUAUGUAUGUAUGUAUGUAUGUAUGUAUGAUGCAAUUACUUGAACAUAUUGAGGUUGAUGAAGUCUCCUGAUCCUGUAGCUAGGAAACCUCUUUAGAACCUCACUUUUUGUUUACUAGCUAUAACUACGUGUUUAAAUUGAUUUUCCCUAA